GCCAGCGGCCAGGAUUGGGCAGCCGCGGGGGUGGGGCCUGCUGAAGGCCUGGAGUUCCCUGACAGUGCAGCCAUGGCCGCCGCCCGGGCUCGGGUGACACACUUGCUGAGGCUUCUGCAGAGCGCAGCAUGUCAGUGUCCAACACAUUCUCAUACUUACUCCCAAGCUCCUGGACUUUCACCUUCUGGGAAAACAACAGACUAUGCCUUUGAGAUGGCUGUUUCAAAUAUCAGAUAUGGAGCUGGAGUUACCAAGGAAGUGGGCAUGGAUCUACAGAACAUGGGGGCCAAAAAUGUGUGCCUGAUGACAGACAAGAACCUCUCGCAGCUCCCUCCGGUCCGAGCGGUCGUGGAUUCCCUGGUGAAGCAUGGAAUCACCUUUCGGGUUUACGACGCCGUGCGGGUGGAACCCACAGACGCCAGCUUCAUGGAUGCCAUUGAGUUUGCCAGAAAGGGAGCUUUCGAUGCGUACGUGGCCGUGGGCGGCGGCUCCGCCAUGGACACCUGCAAAGCCGCGAACCUGUACGCGUGCAGCCCCCGCGCCGAGCUCCUGGACUACGUGAACGCCCCGAUCGGGAAGGGCCGGCCGGUGACGGUGCCCCUGAGGCCUCUCGUAGCAGUCCCAACGACCUCAGGAACUGGUAGCGAGACGACUGGAGUUGCCAUUUUUGACUAUGAAUCCUUGAAAGUAAAAACUGGCAUUGCUUCACGAGCCAUCAAACCCACCCUGGGGCUAGUGGACCCUCUGCAUACCCUCCACCUGCCUGGCCAGGUGGUGGCCAACAGUGGCUUCGACGUGCUGUGCCAUGCGCUGGAGUCCUACACUGCCCUUCCCUACCACAUGAGGAGCCCCUGCCCUGCCAAUCCCAUCGCGCGGCCGGCGUACCAGGGCAGCAACCCAAUCAGCGACAUUUGGGCAGUGCACGCACUGCGGAUCGUGGCCAAGUAUCUGAAGAGGGCUGUCAGAAAUCCUGACGAUCUUGAAGCAAGGUCUCACAUGCACUUGGCCAGUGCUUUUGCGGGCAUUGGCUUUGGAAAUGCUGGUGUUCAUCUGUGCCAUGGAAUGUCUUACCCAAUUUCAGGCUUGGUGAAGACCUAUAAAGCGAAGGAUUACAAUGUGGAUCAUCCAUUGGUGCCCCACGGCCUCUCCGUAGUGCUCACCUCUCCAGCGGUGUUCACCUUCACAGCCCAGAUGUUUCCAGAACGGCACCUGGAGGCGGCAGAAAUAUUGGGGGCUGACACCCGCACCACCAAGCUCCGCGACGCCGGGCCGGUGCUGGCAGACACGCUCCGGGGACUCCUUCUCGACUUGAAGGUGGACGAUGGCCUGGCGGCCAUCGGCUACUCCAGGGCCGACAUCCCGGCCUUGGUGAAGGGAACCCUGCCCCAGGAAAGGGUCACCAAGCUCGCACCCCGUCCGCAGUCAGAAGAGGACCUGUCUGCUCUGUUCGAAGCUUCAAUGAAACUGUACUAAUGGUCAUUAUAAUUGCAAAGGUUAUUGGUGACCAUUGUAGUUCUGAACACUGAAGAGGAUCUGGCUAGAGCUCUGGCUAAUUUUUCAUAACUGUUGCUGAUUUGAAUGUGACCUAAAUUGAUCAUGCAGGAGAUUCACUGAUGCUUACAGUCAGGCUACUUCCACCCAGCAGGCUGGACAAAUACCCACUGUGUCAGACCCUUGGGCCACAUUUCAGGGGUCAAUGUUCCUGUGCCAACCCCUCCCCCCAAUACCAUGCCUGUCCUUCAUGUGCUAAGUGGGAAGAAUGCACAUAGCCUAUGUCUGGGAUUUUAUGUCUAGAAAUGGAUCUUAUGGAAAUACUAAUACACAGAUGUGAAGUAAUAUGUCAAGAAUAUUUUGGGGGGCUGGGGAUAUA